AUGUCUCACCUCACAUAUUACAACUACGAAGGAGUCGGCAAGACCAACAACCGCGAAUACUCCUACUCACAAGCUGUCCGCGUCGGCAACUCCAUCAAGUGUUCGGGCCAAGGCGGCUGGGACAACGAGGGCAACAUCGACAAGGACGACCUCAAGGGCCAGAUCGACCUCGCCUUCAAGAACGUGGAGAAGAACCUCAAAGAUGCCGGCGCGCGAGGCUGGGCUGAUGUCCAUUCAGUCAGGAGCUAUCACACCUCGCUCUCUAGCUCUUUCGAACUCAUGGUAGAGGCGUUUCGCAAGUGGAUGCCUGACCAUCAGCCGACGUGGACUUGUGUGGGUGUUACGGAGUUGGGUCUUCCAAGUAUGAUCGUUGAGAUUGAGGUGGAGGCGGAUAUUCAGAAAUAG